UUUAGGUCGCGGUGUGUUCAGCUGUCGGUCAUUUCAAAAGGGAGAUUUUCUUUUUGAGUACAGAGGACAAAUCAUAACUAAAGAGGAACAAGAAAACCGAAUGAAACUUUACCAUGAUGCACUCAAGGUUUUCAUAUUUGAUUUCAAGUUCAAUGGAAAACAGUUAUGUGUUGAUGCUGCCAGAGAGGACGGCUCACUUGGCAGACUUGUAAAUGACGAUAAUGUGAAUCCAAACAGUAAAAUGACAGUUACCAGAGUGGAUGGAAGGCCCCAUCUCUGUUUGUUUGCAAUCAAAGAUAUUGGUCCAGGAGAAGAAAUCACCUAUAACUAUGGUGAUUCCAACUGGCCAUGGAGAAGCAAGAAAUCCAACAUGGUGGCAUCUCAGGCUGUGGAUGAGAAUGCAGCCAGUUCCUCUCCUAACGAAGCAACAAAGAAAUCCAACAUGGUGGCAUCUCAGGCUGUGGAUGAGAAUGCAGCCAGUUCCUCUCCUAACGACGCAACAAAGGACUGCGAUCAUGAUCUAGUCCCUGACGAAAUGUCAAGUUUAGAAAAAUGUUUUGCAUGUGGAGGACCUUUUUCGCCUCUGAAAUGGAGUGGUGUGAGAUGUGAAGUUUGCUACCAGUCCUGGCACAAAAGAUGUUAUGUUAGCCACAAGGUGAACCUCACUGAACCUCUUCCAGAGGUCUUUAGUGAAGAUAGUUCAAGUGAGGGGGCUUCAUCAGAAGAGGAAUAUGUGCCAGAUUCUAUAGCUGACUCAGACAGCUCAUGGGACAACAAAUCAGAGCCUUUAAAUAUAAGUUGCAAACAAGUACAGAACUCUGAGAUCUCCAGCAGUCAAUCUGCUUGCAAAACGAAAAGACCUCGCCUAGAAAGUUUUUUAGAGAGAGUAGGACAAAGAAUUUCAGAAGAUGCCGAAUCAAUAUCUGAAGAUGGAAUUGGCACAAGACAGCUCGACGUAUCAGGGGUUAUUGCCACAGCAGAAAAGUCUGAUGCUGAAGGCAUUGUUGAUGACUCUGAUACUACGGCUGAAGAUUCCUUAAAACAUCCUCCUCACUAA